AUGACAGAGCUGCUUCUCAGUUUCCACCAGGUCAUGCCGAGCUAUUUGGACUUCAUGUCCGCAUUUGGCGUGCAACUUGAGCAGCGGGACGCUCGCUUCAGUGGAUUCCAUGAGCAAAGCACAUUGGGAAGGCCGAAAGAUAGGAGACCAGCUGUGUCGGAAUUAGGGCGAAGCGGUCACGGGUACCAACUCUGCUACAACCUCAAGUCCGUGAUCGACAAGGCUGAACCGGGCAAGGAAAAAGAUUGGUCCAUACGACAAGCCGCUUUGUACCAUCAAUUCGAUGUAGAGAAUAACACUGCACUCUGGAUAUGCACCGAGGGGCGGAAGGACGAUGGUCUGUUUGAUCGAAUCCGAGAUUUGACAUCCGAUGAUAAAAGACCGGAAGAUUGGAAAUACGAUAGCAAGGCUGACGGGUUCAGAUCAAGUCUUGCCACGCACCUUGCCUGCUGUCAUUGGUCGAUUGAAGAAUGGCGAACGUACGUGGGAUGGCUUGAAACGAACGCUGCUACAAGGGGCAGUCGUGAAAAGAUCGAGGGAGUGAAUCGUAAGAAUUACACCUCUGCGGAUCUACAGCUCGUCCAGAUUUAUGAAGAUAAGGUCAGCGAGGUCAUCAUGAUCCUGGAGGCCAACAACGACAUCAUGAAGUCCCUCAGCAAUUUCUAUGACGGUUUGCUGAAGAACGAUGCCUUCGAUGAUGUUCUGAAAAGGGACUGCAGAGAAGAUAUCAGGGAUUUGGUGGCACAGAUCGGUGACAUGAUAUACGAAGCAAACAUGCAAAUCCGAAGAGCAAAGCUGCUCGUAAAGAUCACAGCGGAUCGAAAAGGCCUUGUUCUUCAGCAUCUUCAAGGGCAGGCCACCGAUGCCACCUUGAAGUUGACAUGGAUGUCCUACAAAGAGGCCAUCAUCAUGAGGAUCAUCACUAUCGUUACGCUGAUUUAUCUCCCCGCUACUUUCGUCUCGACCUUCUUCAGCACCGACGUUGUAAAAUAUGGAGGCCAAGAUGCAAACGAAAACUUCUCAACAGAAGCAAUGUUUCGCUGGCUUCAGGUAACCUUACCCCUCAGUGCGGUCACACUCGGGAUUGGAUUUGCGUGGUAUCGGUACCAGACCAAAAAAUCGAAAGAAAAGGGAAUGCAUGUGCUGCCGUACUAA